AUGUUCGCGAGACAUGGUAUACCGUUAAUAGUAAUAAGUGAUGGAGGACCGCAGUUCUCAUCACAAGCGUUCAAGAAAUUUGCCACUGAAUGGGAGUUUACCCACGAGAUGUCUUCUCCUACGCAUGCACAGUCCAACGGUAUGGCCGAACGAAAUGUACAAACAGCCAAGAAAAUAUUCAAAAAAGUAUUAGAGGAUCACAAAGAUAUAUAUCUGGCGUUAUUGUAUUACAGAAAUAUGACUGUUGCCGAGAACUUUUCGCCGGCACAAAUAUUAAUGAGUAGGAAAUUACGAACUACAAUUCCAGGUAGCAAUAGAGAUUUAGAACCUAAAAUAAUAAAUAAGGAAAGAUAUCACAAAAUGUUAGAUAAUAAUCAACUAAAUCAACAAAGAUUUAAUAGCAAAGGGGCAAAAAACCUAGUAGAACUGCAAAAUGGAACAAAAGUAGCGAAUAAUGAGACAGGACAGAAACGUAGUUUGUUUAAGCAGGCAGAAAAGGAGAAGAAAACAGAGCUGAAGAAAUGUUAUGUAGAAAUAGAAAAGGAAGAUAGCGACGAAGAAGUAGUAGAAGGCGAGACAAUAAAAAUAAGUAGCGAUUCAGAGGCGGAAUAUGAUACAGCGUCAGGUGGCGAAUCGAUGUCGAACGACACAGAUGUAAACUCAGACGACAGGGAAGUAAGAGACAGAAAUGUAGUAACGACAAGAAGCGGGAGAGUUGUUAAGCGACCAGAUAGACUAGGAUUAUAA